GAAACUUGAAGAUGAAACACUUUGACUCCUCUACCAGCUAACCUCUCAACGCUAUGGGGAAGAGCCAGAUACUUGCAGGGGCCUGUCUUUUCGUCCUGGGCCUCUUCCUCCUUCCCGGGGGGACCUCGGCAUCGACCCCAAAACCGGAAUACCUGGUUUUGGUGCCUGUUGUUGUCCCCACGGAAACCUCCAGGAAGAUCUGCGUCCAGCUGAACCACCUGAAUGAGUCGGUGACGCUGAGCAUCACCCUGGAAUACGGGUUGCAGAACAGGAGCCUCCUAAGGGAAGAAGUCUCCAAGAAAGAUUUAUUCCAGUGCACCGAGUUCCAGAUCCCCAAAUGGGAAAGGUCCUUCCACUCCCACGUAGCGCUUUUCACAGUAGAGGUAACAGGAGCAACCCUGAGGUACCUAAAUCGGAAGAGAGUAUAUAUUGAAAAUCAGGAGAGCCUCACCUUUGUUCAGACCGAUAAACCCAUCUACAAGCCAAAUCAGAAAGUUCUGUUUCGUGUUGUCUCUCUGACCAAGGAAUUCAUUCCCGUCAACGAGAAGUUCCCCUUGAUCUACAUUGAGGACCCUAAGAGAAACCGGCUUUUCCAGUGGAAAGAUGUCGAACUGAAGGGGGGCCUUGUCCAGCUUGAAUUUCCCCUGUCUUCCGAGCCCGCCUUAGGUACCUACAAAGUGGUGGUUCAGAAGGAUUCUGGAAGAAACAUUGAACAUGGCUUCACAGUGGACAGAUUUGUGUUGCCCAGGUUUGAAGUUUUAGUAAAGUCUCCCUCAGUCAUAACCUUUCUGGACAACACAAUGGCAGUAACCGGCUGCGGGAAAUACACCUUUGGGAAGCCAGUUCCUGGGCUGGUGAACAUGACGGUUUGCCGGAGAUUUUCCUAUUUCGAAAGCACGUGUUACGGUGAAGAGUCAAAAGCCAUCUGUGAGGAAUUCAGUGGGCAGGCUGAUAUUCACGGCUGCUUCUCACACGAGGUGGAUCUGAAAAUAUUCCAGCUGAAGAGAAAUGGAUUUCAGAUGGAGAUUCAUACGGAGGCCACAAUCACAGAACAGGGGACAGAGGUUGUGCUGACAGGCUCAGCCACCACAUAUAUAACUCCGACACUUAGCGUCGUUUCCUUUGAAAAUGUGGACGCUUACUACAAACCUGGACUUCCUGUCUCUGGGGAGAUCAAGCUUGUGGACGGCCGAAAAAAGCCGAUAGCCAACCAGGUCGUUGAGAUUCAAAUAGCAGGAGUGAAGAACAGUUCCUACUACAACACUGACGAUCAGGGACGAGCCCACUUUUCCAUAGACACUUCCGACUUCACAGACGAGGCCCUUCAGCUCACUGCAACCUAUAAAAAAUUAGAUUACUGUUACGAUUCGAACUGGAUCUCCCCUCAACACCAAACUGGCUUUUCCUCACCAUCACGUUUCUACUCUCCAAGUCAAAGCUACCUCAAAAUUGAAACGCGCCUCAGCUCGCUAUCCUGCGGGGAGCAUGCCAUCAUCCCAGUCCAUUACAUUCUCAAGCCAGAGCUCAUAAAGGACAAAGAAGUUGUCUUUCACUACUUGGUGGUGGCCAGAGGGGAUAUCGUGAUGACAGGAACUCACCCCUUGAAAGGAAAGGAAAAUAAAGGAACGUUCAGCCUGGACCUUCUGCUGGAUAUUAAGAGCGCUCCUUUGGCCCGCUUGCUUCUGUACACAAUUCUGGAUAAUGGAGAGCUUGUGGCGGACUCUGCUGAUUUCCCCAUUGAGCCCUGUUUUGCAAAUAAGGUGAACCUGCGAUUCGCUGAGCCCGAAGGCUUGCCUGGCAGCAACCUCAAUCUCCACCUUUCCGCUGCCCAGAACUCCCUCUGCGCCAUCUGGGCAGUUGACAAGAGCAUCUUCCUUCUGAAGCCUGAAGCUGAGCUGUCUCCUCAAAAGAUUUAUGAUCUGCUGCCUGUAAAAAACCUCAGGGGCUACUACUACAAAAAUGAGAACUUGGAAGACUCAGACACAAACCCUUGCAUGCCUCCCAAAAAGAUCGUUGUGGAAGGAAUUCGCUACCAGACCGAUACCUAUUCUUACGGUGAAGGAGACGCCUAUACAAUCCUCAAGGACUUUGGUUUCAAAACUUUUACUAGCGCCCAGAUACACAAGCCUAAUAUUUGUGUCACCAGAACAGACGUGCGCUACAGGGUCUAUGAUGCUGUAGGAGGUAUGGCUGCACCAAUGACUGCAGAAAUGAACUCGGGUGCAGAAGCAGUGGAAACAACCGUCCGGAGCUUUUUCCCAGAAACCUGGUUAUGGUCCAUCACAUCUCUGAGUGGGACCGACGCCACUCUGCCCGUCACUAUCCCAGACACCAUCACAGAUUGGAGAGCGGGAGCCUUCUGCCUGUCCCCAGCGGUGGGUUUCGGCCUGGCCCAAUCCACCUCCCUGAUUGCCUUCCAGCCAUUCUUCGUUGAAGUCACUCUGCCGUACAGCGUCGUCAGGGGGGAAGCCUUUGACCUGAAGGCCACCGUCUUCAACUUUCAGAAACGCCCCAUCCAGGUCAGCGUAUCACUGUUGCUUUCUCCUGACUACGACGCUUCCCCUGUGGAAAAGGAACAGGCUUCCUAUUGUUUGCCUGUGGACGGAAGGAUAACGGUCUCCUGGAAGGUUACUCCCAAAACUCUGGGGGAAGUCAACUUCACAGUAACUGCAGAGGCCCUGAAAUCCACCCAGCUCUGUGGCAAUGAAAUCGCGGAAGUACCUCCCAAAGGACAAAGGGACAUUGUGAUCAAAACCCUCUUGGUCGAGGUAAGUACGGGCUGCUUUCGCGGGGCGGGCAAGAGUGGAUUAAGAGUAACGAAAUAUUAAAGUCGGACUAACGUC